UGCGCGAGCCUUUCUGGCCGUCGGCGUUGGCAGUGAUGCCCAUCUCAUUUUUGUGCGCGGAGGCAGACAUCAUCAGAAAGGUGGACGGGCACUACACGGCCCUAGGUUUGCUAGAGGGAGCUGUAUUGCCUCAGUAACCUGGCUUCGCCAUCAACGGAGGAGGGAGCAGGUGGCGACGAGCUGAACUAGGCUGGUUGACCAUUCGGCGCGAUAAUUUUUAGUAUUUUCAGACCAAGAACCUUGAGUGCAAUGAGGGAGCAAGCGAGGAACGGACUGGGAAGGACAGCAACGAGAGCGUACAGCACUUCAGACAGCAUUAUGCUGUAGUAGUCGGCAAUCUUCCGUUUUGGUAUAGAGUGGGACAGGGAGGGGGUGAUGCUACUGUAGUCGAACGGUGGGACAGACGUACGUGCAGUUCAUAUUUUGGGCACGCAUACGGUGCUGCAGGGAUUUUUAGGUGUACCUCUUCGGGCUCUUGGAUACCUUU